AUGUGGUUUUCUUUCCCUCCUACCUUAUUUUUUAUUUUUUUUCACAUAGAAGAUAAAGUGUCUGGAUCCCCAUUAAAAGCCGAGUCAUUUAUUGGAAGUGUGGAAGAGCUGGAGAAGGUGUGGACAGCUGAUAAGGAAGAAAUAAGCUCUGUCCAGAAGCCCAGUGCUAAUGAAAUGGUGUCCACUACAUUGUGCUAUGAAGUGAAUGGUUCCUGCUCCAGAACGCUUCACUCCUUUGGCGUCCAGCUGGCCAUCUACAUGGUCUGUGCCAUGGGCAUGCUGCUCACAGUACUGGGGAACCUGAUGGUGAUGAUUGCAGUCUCCCAAUUCAAAACUCUACAUACUCCCACCAACUUCUUACUACUCUCCCUGGCCCUCGCAGAUCUCCUCCUGGGGUUAACGGUGCUGCCCUUCAGCACUAUCCGAUCUGUGGAGAGCUGCUGGUAUUUUGGAGAUGACUUUUGUAGGCUGCAUACCUUUCUGGACACUGUCUUUUGUUUGACCUCUAUAUUUCAUCUGUGUUUUAUUUCCAUUGAUCGUCACUAUGCUAUCUGUGAUCCUUUGCUCUACCCCACUAAGUUUACCGUAAGAGUGGCUUGUGUAUAUAUAGCGAUUGGGUGGGGGGUCCCCAUGAUUUAUACUUUUGUCUUGCUCUAUACCAAUCCAAUUGAGGAAGGGUUGGGCCAUUUCUUACAAGAAAUGCCCUGUAUUGGUAGAUGUCAGCUACUGUUCAACAAACUCUGGGGCUGGUUCAACUUCCCUCUAUUCUUCUUCCCCUGCCUCAUAAUGAUAGCUUUGUAUGUGAAAAUAUUUAUUGUGGCAAACAGACAAGCUAGACGGAUAAGCAGCAUGAACAAGAGUGCUGGAUUUGGGCUACACUUAGGAGCAUCAAAGAGGGAAAGAAAGGCAGCUAAAACUCUUGGUAUAGCUGUAGGAAUCUACCUCCUGUGCUGGCUGCCCUUUACUAUAGACACCAUGGUAGACUGUCUUCUAAAUUUCACUACUCCACCAGUUAUUUUUGAUGUCCUAAUCUGGUUUGCUUACUUUAAUUCAGCCUGCAAUCCCUUGAUUUACGUGUUUUCCUACCGUUGGUUCAGGAAGGCAGUGAAACUAAUUUUAACUCGCAACAUCAUUGGUUCUGGGAUAUCUACAGUAGACUUGUAUGAGGAAUGACCAGAGCUUUUAGAUAACACUGUCUGUGAAAAUAGCUCACAACCAUAAACAUGGCCCCAAGGAGGAGACCCUUUCCUUUUCGCUAUUUAUUAAAGUGGUAAGUAAUGAGAAGCAAUACUGAGAACAUGAUAAGAAAUAAAAACUCUGGGAAAUGAUAUUGACAGAUUAUUUCUGCCCAGUGGAAAGAUGAGGUUUUCAAAGCAAGCAACAGAGUCGGGAGGCCCAAUUCCUGUCAAUUUUAUUUAGGCAGUUUUGAAAAGCUGAACCGAAAUCCUGAAAGACAACAGAAAAAUACUGAACUACAAAUCAUCAUAGCUCAGUGGUUUGAGCAUUGGCCUGCUAAACCCAGGGUUGUGAGUUCAAUCCUUGAGGGGGCCAUUUAGGGAUCUGGGGCAAAAAUUGGGGAUUGGUCCUGCUUUGAGCAGGGGGUUGGACUAGAUGAUCUCCUGAGGUCCCUUCCAACCCUGAUAUGCUAUGAUAUCUAUGAUGAUAUCAAAGCAGUUCUCAUAAUGGUUUUUGGAACAUUCAGUGAGCUGGCAUUAUUCAACUCAAUGUCCAUCUUUCUCAAAGCAGCUAGAUCAGGCAGACUCUAACUUGGGUUUCACAUACUAGACGUACUUGUCACUUACCUUCCAGAACAAUCAUAUCUGCAUAUAAAUUGUCAAUGCCUUUUGUUUGUUUUAUGGUGUUAGUAAACUUUUAAAGCACUAAUAUUAUCAGUUUGUGCAGAAUAACAUAACCCUCUACUGUAAGGAUACCAGUCUGGUUCUGAAAUAGAAUGGUUUUUGCAUCCCUCCUUCUCCCAUGUUCGUGAAAACAGAAAAAUGUUGUUUGAUUAAAAGCAAAGAUAAAUUGUUUCCUCUUCUCUCAUCACCAAGUUAAUCAUUAUUUUUCUGUGUGGUAUGUGAUAUAAAAUCAGCAAUAUGUUAAAAAAAACAUGAUAGUGUACAGCUUACCUUGUAAUCACACAUAAUUGUCAUUUUCUUAAGCAUUUUAGGCCCUGAUUUAGCAAGGUACUUGAGCACAUUCCCAAUUUUAAGCACAUGAUUAAUCCCAAAGAAGUCAAUGAGACUGUUUACAUGCUUAAAGUUAGGUGUAUGCUUAAGUAUCUUGCUGAAUGUGGUCUCAGUCUAUACUCUCAGUUUCUUUCUGGCUCUGAUUAUAUGCUUUUACAGUGUAAAUGUUAAUAAAAGGGUCAGAAAAAGUUGAAAGAUCUGGUCUGCUGCAAAUUCUGCAAUACACCUUUCUAACCAGACCUAUGGGAAUUAUCUUGCCACAUCUCUAGUCUCCUAUGAAUGUGCUUUCCAGAAAAUGUCCGUUUUUAAA